UGAUAAGGGUCUUUGGGAGGAGGAAGGAAGGAGUACAAUAGUGGUCUGUGGGAGGGACCGCUUUCUCUGUCUUCUUUCGAUUGUGAAACAACCCUUCCGUCAGUUUUUUUUUCUUCAUAUUUUCGGUUUGGUAGAUAAUGACUUUAGAGUGUAAGUUGGUCAGACGAAGUCCUAACCCUAAACCCACCCACUAAGAGCUCCUAAUAGUUCUCUCUCCUGGGAACUGGAAGACAUGACUGGGACGAUGCACUAACUACAGUAUAUAACACAACAGUACCUCUGUUCCACCAAUCCUCUCUUCUUGGUGGGCUCCCCUAUGCUUCUGUCUGUGAUUGGAAAAAGGUAAGUCCAUGAUACAGACAGACAGGUGUGGCCACGCAGACUGAAGACCAGGAGGAUGGCAUACAGUGUGGACUUCAAUCUGAGCCCUAUAAUGGAGCUUGAGUUAGAGAGUCUUAGGGGUGAUGAUACGGCCCAGGACUCUAUGUGCCAGCUCAUUAGGGUGACGGGAACAGGUCUGGAGAGUGGCAGUCCUAAAACCCUGGAAAUGGACGUCCUUACAACGGAAAGCAGAGAUAGGCUGGCCAGCCAGAUGAGUGAUGUCAGAGAGCGGGCAGAUGAGAGGAGGCUGCAGAGGAGUGAGGAAUCCAUGCAGACCAACCUUCUGGUCAGGAACCGCUGGUCUGCCGCCACCCUGAGGGUCCUGUCCUCCAUGCCCAGUCGCAGCGUCGGGCAGCAGAGUCGUCUUGAAAUCAUCUCCCAGUGCAACAUCCGUUCUACUCAGCUGCGCAGGUACCACCGUCAGACCAAAGAUGUUUCGCUCUCCUCCAGACCUAGCAUCCGUGGCUAUGGGAUCGAGGCAGACUCUGAGGAUGUCUGUGAGGAAGAGACCAAGAGACAGGAGCUGGUCAACAAUCUUCAGAGUCUGUCGGCCGGUGACCGUGUGCGUAUGCUGCGUGCCAUGCCCCUCAGUCUGGCUGAGAAGACUAAGCUGAGGAAACUUGCAUUCAGUGACAAAGUUGGACAGUCCAUCUUGAGCAGCCAGGUUCCAUGCUGUAGCCUCCUUAAGCGAACUUUGUAUCACAUCUUGUUCGGAUGUCUCUUCAUCCUCAGUUCCCUGCAGUUGUGGCAGGUGGCUUUGAAGAGGCUGGGCGGCCGCUUUGGCACUGGUGUGCUCUCCUACUUUCUCUUCAUCAGGACUCUUCUGCUCUUCAACGUCUUCCUCUUCCUCAUCAACGGACUGUUCCUGGUCCUCCCCCAGGCCAUCCAUCCGCCCCUUCACACCCCCAGCUCCCACAGAGUCACAGGCCUGGAGCUGUUCACCGGCACGGGUUAUCUCUCUAACUCUCUAAUGUUUUAUGGCUACUACACCAACUCCACCAUCAACACCAGUUGUAGACCUGCUGAAGCCACCACCGGGACUGGCUGCGGCACCACCAGUGACCCACACAUGAUGGCCUACAACAUUCCCUUAGCCUACUUCUUCACCAUCGGCAUAACAUUCUUUAUCACCGGCAUCGUCCUCGUUUACAGCAUGUCCAAGUCCUUUGGGAGGAGUUUCCGUGUGUUCAAGUCUCAGGGAAACUUGGCCAUAAAAAUCUUCUGCUCCUGGGAUUUCAAAGUCAGCAAGAAGAUGUCUGUCAGGCUGCAGUCGGAGAAUAUCACCACCCAGCUCAAGGAGCUGUUGUCGGAGGUGAAAGGUGGAGAGGAGAAGGGCAGGCUCUCUGGGAUGGCAGUGCACCUGCUAGCAUGGAGCAUUUCUCUGGGGAGCACCUUCUUCUGUGCACUCGGCAUCCACUGCUUUGCCAAGGACAUGCACCUGAGGAGACUUGAGGAUGCAGAGGGGGAGGUCAGUUUGGUGCAUGAGGCUCGUCUGCUGGCUCUGCCUGGGGUUGUGUCCUGUGGAAACCUGCUCCUCCCUGGUCUCUUCAACCUCAUGUCUUGGAUGGAGAACUUCAACUCGCCCAUUGUAUGUCUCUAUGUUUCCAUCUUCAGGAACUUGCUGCUGAAGGUGAGCAUUCUUGGAGUACUGUGCUACCAUUGGCUGGGGAAAAUUGCAGCUGAACCAGAGCAACAUGGUCUGCAGUGCUGGGAGAGCUUUGUUGGUCAGGAGCUGUAUCGUUUCCUGCUCGUGGAUUUCAUAUUCACGGUUCUCAACACAGUCUUCGGAGAAUUUAUUUGGAAGCUGUUUGCUCAAGGAGUGCUGAGGAGAAGGAGGAAGCCAGUGUUUGAUAUCGCCCGUAACGUACUCGAGCUCAUCUAUGGGCAAACCCUCACCUGGCUAGGCGUGCUCUUCACUCCUUUACUCCCAGCUGUGCAGAUCCUCAAGCUGUUGUUGUUGUUCCAUAUGAAAAAGAGCAGUCUACUGGUGAACUCUCUUGUUGCUUUUCUCCCUCAGAGCAGUCUACUGGUGAACUGCCAGGCACCCAGGAAGCCGUGGAGAGCCAGUCAGAUGAGCACCCUCUUCAUCUCUCUGCUGUGUUUCCCCUCCUUCCUCGGGGCCACCGUGUCUGUGACCUACACCAUAUGGACGAUUAAGCCCUCCUCUGGCUGUGGUCCUUUCAGGAACCUCCCCUUCAUGUUCCACUCAGGCAAACAGUGGGCCCAGGAGCUGAAGAGUACCAACCCCAAGCUGGCCUGGCUCAACUGGGUACACAGCUGCUUGGUGGAGAACCCCCUCUUCCUGUUCCUGAUGGGAGGUGUCUUUCUAAUGGUCAUUUACAUUCACACCCAAAUUGUAGACGGCCAAAGGAAAAUAAUCAGUCUGCUACAGGAGCAAAUGGAAAAUGAGGGGAAGGACAAGAAGUUCUUAAUUACUAGACUGCAGGCCAUCCAUGAGGAGAGGCAGUACCCACUGUCCCCUUCCUCCAGGCCUCAGCCACAGGGCAGUGAGGUUUAAUAUGAUUUAAUGGAAGAUUCCAUUUUUCCAGAGUAUUCAUUGGAUGCUGCAUGUUGAACUUUGGACUCCCAUCACAUCAAGGAUAUUUGGCUGCUAUCAACCAGUCAAAGUGAACUCAAAGUGGAGUGAUGUGUGUGGUGAAGGACACUGAGCCAUUUCUUGUAGAAUGUAACUAAGACUGAUAUGUGUUCAAGACUAUCGGAAUGUAAAGUAACUGAGACUGAUAUGUAUUCAAGACUAUCGGAAUGUAAAGUAACUGAGACUGAUAUGUAUUCAAGACCAUCAGAAUGUAAAGUAACUGAGACUAUGUAUUCAAGACCAUCAGAAUGUAAAGUAACUGAGACUGAUAUGUAUUCAAGACCAUCAUUUUACAUUUACAUUUUAGUCAUUUAGCAGACGCUCUUAUCCAUUUAGCAGACGCUCUUAUUAUUUAUUUAUUUUUGUACUGGCCCCCAGUGGGAAUCGAACCCACAACCCUGGCAUUGCACACACUAUGCUGGCGUUGCAAACACCAUGCUCUACCAACUGAGCCACAGGGAGGCCAUCAGAAUGUAAACUGAGACUGAUAUGUAUUCAAGAGCAUCCAAGGUGUGUUUUGUACUAGUAUGGUAUUUCCAAUGUGGGCCAUAAAUGGCUAAUUGCCUUUUGUGAAUAUAUUUAAAAAUAUAUAUUUAUUGUAUCUGGGCUGCCUGUCACCGCUUUCAAGCUUCAAUGUAUUCUGAACAAAAAUAGAAAUGAAACAUGCAACAAUUUCAAUGAUUUUACUGAGUUACAGUUCAUAUAAGGAAAUCACUCAAAUGAAAUAAAUUCAUUAGGUCUAAUCUAUGAAUUUCACAUGACUGGGCAGGGGUCAUGGGUAGGCCUGGGAUGGCAUAGGUUCACCCACUUGGGAGCCAGGCCCAGCCAAUAGGAAUUCUUUUUUUCCCCACAAAAGGGUCUUAGUACAGACAGAAAUACUCCUCAGUUUCAUCAGCUGACCGGGUGGCUGGUCUCAGACGAUCCCGCAGGUGAAGAAGCCGGAUGUGGAGGUCCUGGGCUGGUGUGGUUACACGUGGUCUGCGGUUGUGAGGCCGGUUGGACAUAUUGUCAAAAUCUCUAAAACAACGUUGGUGGAGGGCUUAUCAAAUCAAAUCACAUGCGCCGAAUGCAACAAUGCAGUUAAAAAAUAUAUAUAUUACAAAAAAAAAUAUGAAGAAGAAAUAAAAAGUAACAAGUAAUUAAAGAGUAUCAGUACAAUAACAAUUAGGUAGAGAAAUUCAUAUUACAUUCUCUAGCAACAACUAUGGUUUACAUUCCUUCAGUCAGCAUGCCAAUUGCACGCUCCCUCAAAACUUAAGACAUCUGUUGCAUUGUGUUUGACAAAACUGCACAUUUUAGUGUGGCCUUUUAUAGCCCUCAGCACAAGGUGCACCUGUGUAAUGAUCAUGCUGUAUAAUCAGCUUCUUGAUAUGCCACACCUGUCAGGUGGAUGGAUUAUCUUGGCAAAGGAGAAAUGCUCACAAGGAUAUUAACAAAUUUGUGCUCAACAUUUGAGAGAAAUAAGCUAUUUGUGGAUAUGGAACAUUUUUGGGAUCUUUAAUUUUGACUCAUGAAACAUGGGACCAAUACUUUACACGUUGCGUUUAUAUUUUUGUUCAGUAUACUAUAUUAUGUUGGUUGUAUUUUUGUUCUUUGUACUCAGUUAAUAUUAAAUUGUCACUGUCUAUGCA